CGGGCCGCCCGCCGUGAGGACACUGGAAGCUGGCUCGCUACCUAACAUUCCCGUAGACCAUCUCCACGGGGAGGCGUUGGGUUCAUCUCCACGCAGACCCGUUUCACCACCCGCACCGACGACGACCGAUCCACCACCCGCAGUUAGCUCACUCCCCACUCGGUCAGUCACUCACUCCCUCCCCACCACCGCACCAGGCCAGGCGGCCACCCACUGCUUCUGCUCGUUUCCCUCGCCAUCGACUACUACCCCCAACAGCAAAAUCAACAACGAGAAAAUCACCGCAAGCACGCGCCCGCCCCCCGGCGACGGUACAGCAUCCGGCAGACGCUGCGGGCACUUGCACGGCGCCCGGACACAUUGCGCGAGCGCGCGCGCGGAGCUGGCGAUGGCAGGCGCGGGGCGGCGCGCGGCGGUGGCGGCGUGCGGGCGGUGGUGCCUGGUGAUCCUGGCCGUGGCCUCCGCGCUCGGCGUCUCCGGGCCCGCGCUCUACUGGCGCUACAAGAAGGGCUUCUCCUCCUCCGUCUCCGCGGCCGCCGUCUCCUCCCCGUCCUGCCCGCCCUGCACCUGCGACUGCCCGCCGCCCCUCUCCCUCCACUCCAUCGCCCCCGGGCUCAUGAACUUCUCAAUUUCAGCUUGCGGCACAAAUGACCCUGAGCAUAGCAAGGAGAUGGAGAAGCAGUUUGUUGAUCUCCUUAACGAGGAACUCAAGCUGCAGCAGAUUGUAGCCGAAGAGCACAGCCAUCACAUGAAUGCCACUCUUGCCGAGGCAAAAAGACAGGCUACCCAAUACCAGCGAGAGGCAGAGAAGUGUAACACAGCCACAGAGACUUGCGAGGAAGCUAGGGAGAAGUCUGAGGGAGCACUCUCAAAGGAGAAGAAGCUGACAGCACUGUGGGAACGACGAGCUCGCCAAUUGGGUUGGCAGGAUUCUCGAGCCACAGCUAUAUGAUAGCUGACAACUUGCUGUAAAUUUUAUUCUCCAGGUAAGAUCUUUUUGGUGCACAUCUUGCUACCAAACCAAGCAGUGUUAAUACCGAUCCCAGACCACGUGUAAUGUUUGCCUAUGUAUUAUGAGUUGUACCAUGAAGAAUAGUUACUCUAGACAAUGUAGCUUACUUACGAAUGUAACUAGCAUACAUUGUCUCAAUAUCAAAAAUCUUAACAUAUGUUAAGACAUUCCAUUUAGUGUUGUGGAUUUGGAUCUGAAGACAAUUUGUGGCCUGGAUGAAAUUUACACAUUCGAAGUUU